CUCUGUCUCCCUCGUGUGGUUGAUGUGAGGAACUGCAGCUGGGUCUCUGAGGAGCGGCGCUGGUUGAAUAUCCGGGCUACAGAAACAUGGCUGCGCCCUUGUGAAUGUCAUGUUGUUGGGGUGUGCGGAGUUUCACGAGAAGCUGCUCGUGUUUCUGGCGGAGAAAUCCUGCAGUUUAACAUCCUGAUCUCUUUCUGCAUGCGGUCUGCUGGAGUCUGAGAUACGAAAACACGAGCUAUGGUCCAUCUGUCAUCAUUACUGCUCAGAAAGUACCAUGGAGGUCAUGUGGCCAUCCGGCUGGCACUGGGCGGGGCCACCAACAGGCCAUUCUACCGAAUAGUGGCCGCCUACAACAAACGGUCCCGGGAUGGCAAAUACAUCGAGCAGCUGGGAUCAUAUGAUCCCCUCCCAAACAUCUACAACGAAAAACUCGUCAGCUUCAACUUCGACCGAAUCAAGUACUGGAUGGGCUGCGGGGCUCAUCCCACCAAACCUGUGGCCAAACUCUUAGGGCUGGCUGGAUUUUUCCCUCUGCAUCCCAUGACCAUCACGGAGGCUGAGCGCAGGAUAAAAUCUGAAGCUAAAACACAGAAAGAAGAAGAAGAAGAUGAGGAAGAAAAACAGGCAGAACAGUAGACUGUAUUCUCUCCGGUGUCUGAGCACAGCCUGCCUUUGGUUAUUAUCUCAGAUGAACUGUUCUUGCGGUGUCAGAAUAAUGUUAGACUGUCAUGUCUUACUACCUAAAUACACGUCUGUGGAUGAUUUUGUUCUCCAGUGCUUGCAUAGAUCUGAACAUGCAUUUUGAGCGGUUGCUAUAUAAUGUAAUGAAUGUCAGAAAGACAAUAAACAGCAUAUUUUAUACCACUAGUAACUUAA